AUGUCUGGUGGUAAAGGUAAAGCCGGUUCUUCUGAAAAAGCUUCAACUUCAAGAUCUGCUAAAGCAGGUUUAACUUUCCCAGUUGGUAGAGUUCAUAGAUUAUUAAGAAAAGGUAACUAUGCUCAAAGAGUUGGUUCUGGUGCUCCAGUUUACUUGACUUCAGUUUUAGAAUAUUUAGCUGCUGAAAUUUUAGAAUUGGCUGGUAACGCUGCUAGAGAUAACAAGAAAUCUAGAAUUAUUCCAAGACAUUUACAAUUAGCCAUCAGAAAUGAUGAAGAAUUGAACAAAUUAUUAGGUCAUGUUACCAUUGCUCAAGGUGGUGUCUUACCAAACAUUCACCAAUCCUUAUUACCUCCUAAAAAGGCUAAACCAGGUAAAGCUUCUCAAGAAUUAUAAGCUUGCUAACUCUUUUUUAAUUCUCUUUCUAUUUUGAAUAUGUAUUUUAUUCUCUCUUCUGUGUUUUAAGGUGGAUCUUCUACCGUGUAUAUUAGUUGAACCUUAAUGAAUAUGUUCUAUUA